AUGCCGGAAGAAGAAGAACAAAAAGAAGAAGCAGCAGCCGCCGUCUCUACCAUGCCGAUUUCGCCUCUGCCAUGGCCUGAAUCGGCCGUUUCGCCCGAUACGGCCCGAUUCAGCGCGAAUCGGGCCAAGUCUAAGCCGCCUACCAACAAAGUGGCUGGCUGGUUUGACGAGGUACAGAAACUGAAAGAAGAUGUGAGCAAAACUCUUCAAGAUGUUGAGGAACAAGAGCAGAACAAGUGUCUCGCAAGUUGUUGUCCCAAAAACUGUUGGCGAAGCUACAAGCUAGGAAACAGAGUAAGCAAAAUGCUCGAUGAAGUAGAAAAGCUGAAGAAUAAAGGUCGAUUCGACGUUGUGGUUGCAAAGAUGCAUAAUUCCGUUAGCAAGAAGCCUAUGGAUGAGACCGUGGGUUUAGAUCCCAAGCUUCAAAUCGUCCAGAGAUGCAUUGAUGACAAGAGUCUGAGAAUCAUUGGCUUAUAUGGAAUUGGGGGUGUCGGAAAGACUGCCCUCCUUGAAAGAAUAAACAAUCUGUUCUUGAGCCGAAGCCAUGAUUUUGAUGAAGUUAUUUUGGUUCCUGUAUCAAAACAACCAGACGUGAAAAAAAUUCAGAGAACAAUUUUACAAAAAUUAGGUCUCGAAGAAAGACUUCGUUUGGUUUCUAUGGGGUAUAAUGCCUUACAAAUAUAUGAGAGGCUAGAAGAGAGAAAAUUUUUGUUAUUGUUAUAUGAUGUAUGGGAACGGCUUGAUCUCAACCGUGUAGGAAUUCCUCUUCCAAAUGAUCAGAAUGAGUCCAAAGUAAUAUUUACAACCCGAUCAGAGGAAGUUUGUGGCCUUAUGGGAACUCAGCAAAAUAUCAAGGUAGAGUGUUUAAAACAAGAAGAAGCCUUAUGUUUGUUUCGGAUGAAGGUGGGUGAAAACACUUUUAAUUAUGAUCCACGUAUACCGAAGCUUGCAGAAGUUAUGGCUACAGAAUGCAAAGGCUUGCCGCUAGCUCUGGUCACUGUUGGGCGUGCAAUGGCUAGUAGGAAGGAUCCAGCUGACUAGGAGUCUGAAAUAGCCGCAUUGAGGAACACUCCUUCAGAGUUUCCAGGCAUGGAUUCCGUUCUGCUUCCUUUGAAGUUUAGUUUCGAAAAACUGCAGAAUGCUACCCAUAAGUCUUGUUUCUUGUAUUGUUGUCUAUUCCCUGAUGGAUAUAACAUCAGUAUAGAAGAACUCAUUGAAUAUUGGAGAGCAGAAAGGUUUCUAGAUGAAUAUGACCGUGACGGAGAAUAUAUAAUCAGAAGUUUGAAGCGUGCAUGUUUACUAGAGAGUGGUGAAUCAGAAAAGUUCGUUAGGAUGCACAGUUUGAUCCGUGACAUGGCGUGGUGGGAAUGUAAAGACAAGGUUGCAAAAUUCAUCAAAAGAGAUGUUGAGUCAGAUGAAUAAUGCGAAUUAAGAAUAUGGAAUGAAGUAGAAAGGUUGUCUUUGUGGGAUUAUAGUAUAGAUGAUGUCCUCAUAAAUUCUUCACCGUCAUGCAUAGAACAUUUCUGCGAAAAUGUCACGCAGUUACCGAAUCUCCGUACUAUGAUUUGUAAGGUUCCAAUGUUAACAACAUUUCUAGCUGGUUUCUUCCCUUUGAUGUCUGCUUUGACACUAUUGGAUUUGUCAAAUAGUUUUCUCUUACGUGAGUUACCCCAGGAGAUUGGUAAAUUAAUCAACUUGGAAUAUCUUAAUGUCUCUGAAACUGCUAUCACUGAAUUGCCGGCUGAAAUUCAACGUUCGGAAAAUUAAGAUGCUUGAUAUUAAAUGGAACAAAAAUUUGGGAAAUACAA